CAGGUGGACCAUAUGGAUCGUCAGGUCUUGUUUUACGACACGCGGAUGUCGGGCUUUGAUAGGCCCCCAUGUAUCGAGUUGGGCAUGCGCGCUGCUAGCACGCAAAAGAUAACGCGCUAUACUAGAGGAUCGGCUUGCCACAGCUUCUUCAUCAGGCCGUACGGAGAAGGAGAAGGAGGCCUGGUUAGGAUGUGGGAUUAUCGUAAUGCCAGCGCUGUGGUAGCACGCUUCCACUCCGUGCGUCCAGCUCCAGUUGUGCACGCCGUGAUGUUGAAUUCAGACAUCUAUGCCUACGGCCGCCACUCGGUCACAAUAUGGAAGACUACUGGCGUUGCCGGUGGGAACUAG